AUGGCUUGUUACCACACAUUGCGAAGCGCUGAGAUCCUGAGCGUGUACACGGCGCUGCCGCUGCUUGCCGCUUUGGCUGCUGCUGUUUGCCCAAGGCACACACGGCUUGCUCAGGGCCUGGCAAGUGCGCUGGGCUGCCUCUUAGGCACACUUGUUGGAGCAUUCUUGAAGCAAGGCAAGAAGGAUGCUGCGAGCUGUGCUAUAGCUCGACUCCUUUCAACUCAUAUCCAAGAGGACAUGCCAACCGAAGAGCUGCGAAGCCUCAUCCAUCGGCAGCGCAGGCGAUUUGGGGUUCCAGCCAAUGAUCGCUCCAGUGAAAGCUGGGAGGACAGCUCCUUGCAGAAGAUAUACGAGGAGUUGCUGGUGAGCCUUUUGGAUGGUCCUGAACAUGAUCCAUACGACUUGCCAACACUGCAGAGACUGAAGGCCGUGCUGGAUCUGGAUGGCAUCGUGGUUGGGAAUGCCCACAGGCAUGCUGCCCAGCUGCUGGUCUCGAAAGGGUAUUCGGGACUAGAGGGCGAGCCCAUGCGCAUUGCUAUGGACAAGCUUCUUUUCCUUUCGCAACGAGCUUUUGCAGAUGAGGAACCCGAGGAGGCAUCACGGUAUGAGAUGGGAAGGCUUUGUCAGGUGCUGAAGGUUUCGGACAAGGAUGCGACAAAGCGAGUUCAGGCAGUCUCGCGAGCGCUGUACCAGCAGAACCUUAGUGCGGUGGUCGACAAGAUACCCUCCGAUGCUGCCGGAGCCAGCGCGCGCGAUGCCGCCAUGGUUGUCCUGGCAGAGGAUGCAGAGGAGGCGCUGAUGGGAGAAGAACUAACCACCCAGCCAGCAGUUCAGACGGUGCGUCUCUGCCGGUGGAAGGUUGCCGGGAUUUCGAUGGGGGUUCUCGCCCUCGGUGCUACGGUGCUCUUCAUGGCCGACCCGUGUCAGAUUCCGGUCCACACACUCUUCCAGGCGUCUCCGCUUCAGCUGUCUGAAGAGAGCCAGAUCGAAUCUGCAGCGAAAAAGCUCCGUGAGGUCAAGUCGAGAGCGGAGGCGGACGAAAUGGUUGCGAGGGCGUUGGAGGCGGCCAAGACAGAGAGCAAACACCACAAGCUCGCCAAGCUCCCGCCGGAUGCUCGCUCCCUCGCGACUCCCAACCCGUACUUCCACUUUCAGAAUGCGGAGCUCUACAAGAAUGCCAAAGUCUUGGAUGCACAUGCCAGGACGAAUGUUGACUCGUAUGCGGGCAUCAGAGACCCCGACCUGAAGCAACAACAAAACUUCCGUCAAGCCUUCUGCGUGUUCAAUGCCGUGGAGACGAUUGACAGCAUUGGUGGCACUUCCCUUGACAUUGAAUCAAUUGUUCAUACUUGCCCCGAGCCGCGCAACGAUGUCGGCGAGUUUGCUUGUCAAGUAAAUUCCGAGACUUUGGUCGAGAUGGUUGGAAGUGCUGCAACCUGGUUGUCCAACGCGGUUUCCAGUUGUGGUGUUCUUCCGAGUGCCAAUGCGGAGUGCGGCGCGGCAGUCUCCGGUAUUGUCAGCGCACUCGGUGAAGUUGCUGCCAGUACCAGCCUGGCAAUGACAUCUUGCAAGGAAUAUCCUCUGGCAGGAUUCCGCCAGGCUGAGCGCAAAUGCAUCGAUGAUGACUGUGUUCAGAUCCCUGGGCCUAUGAUGUCCCAGGCAGGACGCCAAAGAUAUAGUCUUGGUCGCCGUUUGUUCAUCGGGAGUGGAAUUGGUGGAAUGGGAGUUCAGUGUGCUGUGGAUGUUGGGUUUAUUGUCGAUAACAUUUACGAUGCAAUCUUCUUCAUCCAGCAAGCAGUGAACCUGGACUUCUGCAGCAAGAACGUCCGCUAUGGGCCGUACAACUACCUCACUGGCGUGCCGGAGGCAGCCUGUGCAAUGGACAUUGCCGGCGCCAUCGCCUGGAUCUCUCAAGUUGCGACUUUUGUUCAGCAGCUGGUCAGUCACUGUCCGGACUUGCUUCAGCUCCCCACCCUUUGCGGAUCCAGCGCCACAGGAAUGUUCUCAGCGGCAUCUCAGAUUGCCACAUGGGGAUCCGGCAUCGCAGUGUCGUGCGCAGACCAUGAGAGCAUGACUCGAGUUCCGGCGGCGCUCGUGCUUGCAGACUACGCCGUCAUCGCUGGUCGGGAGGUGGAGUUUGUGAAGCUUUGCUCAAAGGCUUUGGACUCCUUCGGAGUGAAGUGCGAGUGGGUUCAGGGAGAGCUGAACUCAACGGCCGACGAGAACGUUUUGCUCGACCUCCUCGGCACUCGCGACGGUCUGUUGCUCGCAGAGGCACAAAUUCGCAUGAGUGGCUUGAUGGUCCCCGGGUUCGCGACUUUGACUUUCGUCUCCAGGAAGGUCCUGCCUAUCUACCACCGACGGCUCCAGGAGGACGGCAGUCCCGACGAGCAGGCAGAGCACGAGAACUUGCAGAAGCUUGAAGAGGACCUCAACAAGAAGUGGGACCCUGAGAACCAUCCGAAGAUGAAAGCCUUGCGUGAAGCGAUGAGGGAACUGCGAGGAGUUCGGAGCCAGUUCACUCAUGUCGAUGGCGAGUCACAACAGAACUUGACGCUUGCGAACCUUCAAGAGAAGCUGCACUUGAUCGAACCGGCGCUGCAUCAGAAGCUGACCUUGCGCUUCAGCUUGGUUGUGGUCGAUGCCCACACGGGUGAAGCACUGGCAGGAGCACAGAUGGCCUUCGGCUUAGCUGGUGAAGAAGCAGAGCGGAUGAAUUUGGACACGUACAAGGAAAUCGCAAAGGCACAGCUUGCUGACGGAGUCUUGACUUCUGACGGCAAGGCCACUUUGGAGCAAGCAAGAGACGACUUUUGGAGAUCCACGCUCCACCAAGGUGUACACCGCCUUCGGAAAGAACUGGAGCACUUGCAGCUGCCCCUCUACAAGACUGCAAAUGGUGAGACGGUGGCAUGGGACAGGUCUCCGGCAGGGACCGAGGCAUCACUUUGUCGCUUCCUGACGGCGCGGAAGGGCGAUGUCCAAGCGGCAAAGAAGAUGUUUGCGGACCAUCUGGCAUGGAGGCAGAAGACCUUUCCGAUUCCGCGGGAAGGUUUGACCGCCCAACUUCUUGAUGAAGAUCUGCGAUUCCGCCGCCUGCGAGAGGACAGCGAUGGUUGUCCCGUUCUUCUCGUCAACUUUUUAUUCGGAGGCUUUGCCACUGAGGCGGUGUCUGAAGCUGCCUUGGUACUGGCAGCUCUCAGAUUUUUCGAGGACAAUAUCGAUUCGAUGGAGCAGCGAGGUGUGCAUCAAAUAUGUGCUUUGGUGUUCGGCUCCCCCCCUCCGGUGGCAUGGGCACAUGUGAUGGUUUCAGCUUUUCAAAACAACUACCCGGAGCGGCUGAAAGUGGCCAUCGUGUAUCCUGUUCCUGCAUCCUUCGUCUCUCUGGUGCGCCAGGUUAUGUGGUUUGUGGAUGAGAAUACUCGGUCGAAGGUGGACAUGGAGACAGAUGAACAGCCCUUGCUGAACAGAUUCGGCUACCGUCCCGAUGACCUUCCUUUGGAGAUCCGGGGUGGGUAUCGUGGCGUGGGGGAACGUUGGAAGCCUGACGCUGGGAAGCUCUUGAGGAUGGCCUACGCCUUCCUCUGGCCGCACGGCCGGCAAGUUGCAGAGCUCGAGGCUGCCAUUCACCGGUCCGCGGCGGCAGCGGACCCGGCGGCAAACGGGCUGAAGGCCUUUCCAGUGCGUGAUGAGCCUGUUUGGCCGUCUUGGCUUACUUCAUGCUGCUUCCAGAGACCUUCAUACGCACCAGAAGACUUCGCCCCAACUGCAGAGCUUUUUCAUGAUGCCGAAAGCUCCGAAGUCAAGGACAACGGUGCAAAACCAACACGGGCGAACAAAAUUGGUGCUGAGACACAUGAAGGAUGUCUCUCGGUGGUCCUGUACGCAAGCGCCAUGCUGCUAUUGCUGUUCUGUGUGCUUUGGUUGUUUGCCCGCGGCAACGACAUGCUGUUCGCAGUCGAACUUUGA